AUGAACAGAAACAAGACCAAUUCUAGGAUGGCGCGAACCACCGAAAGCGAUCCUGAAACAAAGACUGCUAAUGCAUACAGUCUUAUCGCAAACGAAGAAAAGCCCCCUGACAUAAAAUAUGAGAAGGAAACAUCAUGGGUUGCUGGAGUUCAAAUGUUUGUAUCAUUCCUAUUGGCUGGCUUUGGCAUGGUGGCAGCUAGCCUCCUACUAGAUGUUGUGCAGCACUGGGAAGUGUUCACCAAAGUGUCUGAAGUAUAUAUUUUAGUGCCAGCCCUCCUGGGGUUGAAAGGUAAUCUGGAAAUGACAUUAGCAUCUCGACUGUCAACUCAUGCCCAUUUGGGUCACCUGGACACUAGCUUGGGCUCCCUGGUUGUGGGUAACUUGUGUUUAAUACAGUGUCAGGCAGUGCUGGUGGGAUUCCUGGCAGCCAUGGCUGCUGUAGCAAUGGGUUGGAUUCCAGAAGGACAAUUUGACAUCCAUCAUGCAUCAUUACUGUGUGCGUCUAGUGUGUUAACAGCAUCAUCUGCCAGUUUUGUACUUGGUUUGAUCAUGAUAGGGGUAAUAGUGGUAUCAAAAAAGAUGAACAUAAAUCCUGACAACAUUGCCACACCAAUAGCAGCCAGCCUUGGAGAUUUGACAACCUUGGCACUGUUAUCUUGGAUAGCAUCACUACUGUAUAAAUCUAUUGGCACAAGUAUUGUACUACCAUCUAUUAUUAUCACUAUUGGCGCGCUGCUUGUGCCCGUGUGUGGUUAUAUUGCUUGGAGCAAUAAAUUUACAAGGCAAGCACUGGAUGAAGGCUGGGUGCCUGUUGUGUCUGCCAUGGUAAUAAGCAGUGCUGGAGGAUUAAUACUGGACCACACAGUGUCAGUGUACACAGGUAUUGCUGUCUACCAGCUAGUUAUCAAUGGCAUAGGUGGGAACAUGGUGGCAGUACAUGCUUCUAGAUUGUCUACUCAACUACACACAGGUCAAAAAGAAGGCUCUGUUUUAGGAAGCACUACUAAACUUCUACUGGUUAUGGUGAUACCGGGGCAGUUGAUAUUUAUCUACACAAUAGGAUAUUUGAGAGCUGGUCACACAUCAACAACCCCCACUUUCAUAUUAAUUUAUAUGUCUGCUGCAUUGUUACAAGUGUUUUUGUUGCUAACCAUUAGUCAUUACAUGGUUGCAUGGAUGUGGAAGAUGGGAAUGGACCCUGACAACUCAGCAAUACCUUAUCUUACAGCAUUAGGUGACUUGCUGGGUACUGCACUCCUGGGUGUGGCAUUCAGCAUACUGUAUGCAAUAGGUGAUAAGGACAGUGAUUUAGGAGACUAA